CUUCUCGUGUUGUAACAACUUUCCGAUCCUGCACGCUGAUUGGUCAUACCGGAUUUGUUACUGAUGAUUGGGUAGAUUUCAACAUGGCCGCUGCAUAUCACAUCAGUGUCUCUUUUCACCCGAUCUUCUCUGUUUUCCACAUUUGUCAACGGGCCUGCCGUCACACACUCAGCAGCAGGAAGUAGGGGAACUCGCCAACUGUCUGUCCGUGCUUCCCGUUUGUGUCGAUCCCUCCCUCUGUGGAAUUUUUGGCGAGUCUCCCGGCGUAGUAUUGCUUCCGGACGGGGUUUGACAACAACACAGCAGCGAGUUUUGAUGUUUUGGAAGUGAAGUUGAAGAUUUGGAGUUUGCCCUCUCGCCGCACCGUGCCUGGGGGGUGCGAACGCCACAAGUGGCCCGGAGGCCUUCUCUACGAUUUUCCGAGUAGUUAUCCUUCCUCUACGGUAGUUUAGACAGCCGUAUACGGUCACAGAUGUUGUACAGGAUGUCUAAAAGUAGCGGCUAGCUAGCGGUCCACACGCCGGGCGUUGUUGUAUACAAACCUUAGAAUAAUUUUAAGAGUACCGCUACUUUUAGGGCUACAACUAUCGUCAACCCGGCAGCUUGGCUGUCCACAUAGACUUCAUGCUGGGAGAGAGUACGUUCCAAGAUGUUUCUUCCGCCACGACAAGAACUAGUAGUACAGAGCAUCUACAAGACGCCCGGGAGCUGGGAAGAAGAGGAGUUAUGAUGAGUUCUCCGGAGUCGGAUUUUCGGGAGCAGAUGAUCCAGGUGUUCCAGGUGUGUGAUAAGGAUGGCAGGGGGUCCAUCAGCGUGGAGCAUCUCCAGGCACUCAUCCUGGAGCACUCCGGAGAACAGGACCUGAGUGAGAUCACAGCCCACCUGGACCCCACAGGGACGGGGGAGAUCGGCUUCCAGGACUUCUACGAGGGCAUGAAGAGGAUGGUCGGGGGCUUCCAGUCAGACCAUGACAAAGGUGAUGAUUCAGACUCAGAGGAGACCAAGGAGGUGAUGGAAAAUGGUUACCACGGCAACGGCUUCGAGCUGGAAGACGAACAGGAGACAAACAGCUGUAACAGUGGGACCUGCGAGACGUCGGAGAGCACGUAUAACGAGUAUGACAUGACAGACGAGGACAACGCCAUGCUGACGGGCCACGAUCUCCAUGACGACGUGGACAGCGCCAUUGGGACCACGCCCUCUACUGAUGCAGACGGGUUCCUCUCCGUACAGGAUGGCAACAAGAAAAGGUACACCCACCACCACCACCCUUCCUCGCUCAUGUCGGAGAGCACGUACGGCGAAUACGAGCCGGAGGAAGAGCGGUUCGAGGAUUUCGGCGAGGCAGACGACGUUGGCGACGAUGUAGACAUUCCGGAGUUGGACAUGACGGAGAGCGCGACCGAGGAGGACCAACCGGAGCAGCACACUGACCUGCCCCCGCCAACACCGCCCCCUAUGAAUGGGCAUACAGAGGAUGAGGGCUGGUAUGGUUCCAAUAGGUAUUUCAGGAUAAUGUGUCCUGCACCCAGGAGAAUGUCCUCAAAAGCUGUCGGAAGUCACUUGUUAGGGAGGCACAACCACCUGCUGCACAGCACCAGUAUAGAGCUGGGGGAGGAUGAGGCUGACAGAACAGAGGAGGAACUGACUAACAAGGUGCACAAACUGCAAUCUCAGGUAAGCGAGCUGGAGGAGGACCAUUUGUACAAGAACGAGCAGGAAGUCAGACUCAGGAACGAAAAUGCUGCUUUACAAGAAAGAAUAAACCUACUAGAAGAACAGCUCAGAGAUGUAGAAGUCAAAGCCCAGGAAAACAUGGAGGAAGAGAGAAGACAACAUAGGGAAGCCAUGGCAAAACAAGAAAGAGAUUUAAGAGACGACAUAGAUCUACUAUCCAAUAGAGCAACAAUGCUAGAAGAAGAAAACUCCAGACUAAAAGAAGACAUUCCAAGGUUUAAGUCAACAAUAGAGAGGUUAAAAGAGGACAAGACAGCUAUGCAGGAACACUUGGAGGAGACCAACCAACUCCGGGAGGAGAUCUCCCAGGAGCACAGAGAACUUGAGCAGCGGGCGCGGCUCGACAGACAACAGUACGAAGAGGAGAGACUAGCCAACCACAUGUUGAUAGAAGAGAUGAACAAAGAACUGGAGGACCUAAGGACAUACAAAGUCGAUAAUGAGAGGCUGACCAAAAGCCGAAGCCCCAGCUUUCUGGACAUGCCCAGUAGGUACAAUGAGCUGGAGAGGGAGAUAAGGAAGCUCAAGGAGGAGAAUCGAGGCCUGAGAGAAGCGAAUGAAGACCUGAAUGUCCAGAUGCUGAACCACAGUUUCCAGGAGGGGAAGACCCUACUGGAUGGACCAUCAUCGUCACUCGCAUCAGAGCUGGAGACGGCUUCAAAGGACGAUGUUGUGGAGGCUUUGAGGGAGCAGCAGGAGAUGAACGCCCGUAUGAGACAGUACAUCGACAGGAUCCUGAUGAACGUCCUGGAGCACAACCCUGCCAUCCUGGAGCUAUCAGCAUCAUCAUCAGCCUGAGUGUACUGAGCAGUUACCGAAACGUCAGCCAGUGCAAGUAGCAGAACACCGAGGCACCACACAGUCGUCAACUUUUGUUUUUAUCUUUAAAAAUCUUCAUAUCAGAAAGCACACUGCCAGUAAGCAAAUUAACAUGCAUGUGUAUGAAGGCCAAUGCUUUGACAUGGUGGCUGACAUGAUACACAAUUGUACUGUCUAAAAUGAGUCCCACCUUUUUGCUGUAUGAAGCAUUAGACCCACCAAGAAAAGUGUUGGGAUUUCUCGUCAUUUAGUAUGACGUAAAAUGCAAGUCUUAAGGACACACAUACAAUGUAUGUGCAGCUGCUAACAUCUUGAUUUCACAUACAGUAAAGAAAGAUGAUGUUUUCAUUUGGUAAACACAGUAAACUUGCUCAAAACAGAAAGUUGUCAUCAUGGUACUUUGUAGCCUGUCAAGGUAAUCACAGCUGAAAGAUUCGUACCUACUGGCUUUUAUUUCAGCACUCAUUCCCAAGUUCAAGUGCUUUGAGCUUGAUAUGUUUUUAUGUCUUGCUUGCUAUGUGUCAAGUAAGGUGGCAAACAACAAAAACAGCCCCCCGAUGUAACAAAAAACAUAAUUUUUUAAAGACAUAUCAAAGGUGCAGUAUUGCGUAUGAAGCAAGGCUUGCAAUAAUAGAACAAUAAGUCUUCCAUGCAUAUUUUGGGUGUAAAGGUUACUAAGCCUUCAUGGCAAGAAAAAGAAUGUGAAGAAUACACAGUAUUCAUUUGUUCUUGAGACAAUGUGGAGCAAGGAAUAGUUACCUUGUAUCUGUUUAGGUAGAAACUUCUUGCCAUCGUAUGCAGAGCAUAAGUAUCUGUUAUUGCUAUUAAUAUUAAUAUUUUGUACAAAUGUCAUGAUUAUUUAUUUGAUCGACGUAAUUUACUGCAAUUUGCUGUAAGUAUUGUAAUUUUAAGAUAAAUUGGAAAUAGACAAUCCCUUUUUUUGCUUAGCUCAUGUGUUAUGCAAUUUUAUUAAUUGUUGCAAGCAGUUACAGUACGGAUAGUAUGGCACACUACAGGAGUAUCAAAGCUUGGUUCCUGUUCAACUUGAAUGUAGUGCCUUGCACUAAAGAGUAGAGUGCAUUUUGCACUCAUGCUUCAUAACUUCCAUCACCCAAAACAUGGCAUUUCAAGUAUAACAGGACGCUAAUGCUUGUAGAAACGCCUUCCUAUGAAGUCAUUACAACUUCGACCAAAUGUCAUUGUAUCAGACAUUUUAAAGUCUAUUGUCCCAAUGUUAUGUUACACUGUGAUGACUGUGCUCAUUAUGUUGUUAAUUAAGGUGUUGAUUCCAAAGGGUAUUAGUUGUGGAUAUCUGUAAAUAAGAUUUUUUACCUGAUGGAGAGAAAAAAAAAUGUGGAAGAUCGCUAUUUUUAUACAAUCAGACUUCAUGCCACGAUGACAUUUCAUUGUACAGUAAUUUUAGAUUUCCGUGUUUUAUAGAGUAUCUUUUUAGACCAUGUCUUUUAGUUCUGUACUUAAUGUGCGGUAAAAUGUUCCCUGUGAUGUAAUUUUCUCCCAUGAUUUGUACUAGCCAGGAAUUCAUCUUAUUCUAGCUUUGCUCCUUUGUCAACAUUUGCUUCCUUGCAGAAUAAGGAAGAAGAUCUUUGGCGAAAACUGGAGCUAGAAUAGAGUGGGAGCCUUUCUAGCAUUGUCCUACGUAUGUCAUUAGAACUUUCCAACGUUACAUGUUCAAGUAUAUGUCUUCAGUGUAAAGUUGUGCAUGCAGUCAUGGUACUGAAUCUGUCUAAAAUGGUCUUGCGAUUCUGCAUGUAUAUUUUCAAAGACAAAAAAGGAACAAUGACUGUGAUACCACUGUGUUUAAGUCAAAAGAUCUUACAAAAAUGAUUUAUUGGAAAUCAUCAAGAAGUUGGGAUCUAUCAGCUUCUGUUUUACAGAGACUGCAUUUGCGUUCAGGGAACGUCUAGCCAAUUCCCACUGAAGUUUCUUCAAAAUCGGAGAAUUUCUGCUUUCACAGCUUCUUAAGAAUCGGAGAAAUUUCUGCUUUCUCAGUUUCUGCUUUCUGUCAAAAUAUUUGUACUUACAAGCUAUUUUGUCCAAAAAAGAAGCAGAAAGGCACCGUAAUCAAUCUCCUGGAGGAUAAAGCCAUAUUCAAGCUUGAAAAUACGUGACAGUCCGUCAAAACAGUUGUGGAAAGUACACAGAAAUCGAAUUGUAAAUCGAACUAAAUUAUUUCCGGCAUUCUGAUAGAGGCACUUCAAAAUAAACCGAUUUAGCACAUGGAGUUUUAUCUAUCCGUCGAUGCAUCCUGUCAUCCCGGGACCGCCGUUUGUAUACAUGAAUGUCAAGUGAUAGCCCUGCUGUACAGGCCCGUGAUCUGUUGCCGUCAACCAAUCAGAAAGUCCCUAUCCUGUUAUUGGAGGAAAGUAACUGGCCAAUCACGUUGUCUCUUGCCCUUCGGCAGCGACGUGAUUGGCUGGUUGCUCUUUCAGUGCGUCCUGUCCGGCCGCCAACCAAUCAGAAGCUCCCUUCUUUGAAGGAAGUUACCAGCCAAUCAUAUUGCCUCUUGACCGCAGGCAGCGACGCGAUUGGCUGAUUGCUCUUGCUUCACGUCCUGCCCAGUCGUCAACCAAUCAGAAUUUCCCAAACCUGUUCUUUGAGGGAAGUUACCAGCCAAUCAUAUUGCCUGUUGACCGUAGGCGGCGACGUGAUUGGCUGGUAACAGUAUAAUGUUACGAGAUCGACGUAUGGAAGGCAUGUCUAUUUCCUGGGGCCAUUGCUUGAUACACAUAAGCGGCAGGCCUGGGAUAACUUGAUGCCGUUGAUGAUGUAAACACUGUCUGUCUGCGUAUUUCCCAGCAAUGUAUAGGAACACAGUUUACUUGUGUUGCGACAUUUCCCACAGUUAUCGUGCCUUUGUAUCAAACCGAUAGACACAUUAGAUAGUUAGGACCUUCUCAUACAUACAUUAUGUACAUGUAAAUGCAGUUCUUAGUAAUUUCCUCCUCUGUUAUCCACGUGCCGUAAAAUACACAAUAAAUUUUUGUUCCAUGUCGCAGAA